AUGGGUAGCUCAUUCGAUCGUGAUACGGUCAAGAGCAAGACUCACACUCGUCAUUCUUCCAUUACUAGCAUUCCAAGACCAUCAUCUGGAUCGUCCCGUCAAGCAGAUCCAAUCCGCAAGACGUCCAAGUCAUGUUUGACCAGAACACCAUUGCCAUCACCAGAGGGCGCAAGACGACCAGUGCGUAGAUUCCUUAUGGAUCGUAACCACGAUCUACCACGAAGCGUACUACCUGGAUCGGACACCAUUCUACCACACCUCGAUACCUACGAGCCUCUUGAGGAUGUUUCAGCCAUUCCAGCACAAGCCACUGUGAGAAGCUUGGUGAAGUCUCAAACAACACCAGCACUGCUCUCUCCACACGUGGAUAUCCCUGCUCGCAGUCUACUACGUCCCUUACCCGCACCCCUACCACGAUCGUGUACUUACGAUGAUAUUGCCCCGCCGCGACAAGUACUUGGUCCGAGUCAAUAUACAGCUCAAACUCCACCAAAGAAGGAGAAGGAACGAGGAGCGCUGUCUGUGCGAAACUGGCUGCCUGUAUCUCCGUACGUGUUCCUUUCAGGUAGGAAGACGAGGAGCGAGGAGGACGUUUCGUGCCAUGCGGCAGGUCAAUUGCAACACGGUCAGAGCAAAUAUCUCAUUGAGAGUGAAGAAUUUGUCGGAGAAAGGCAUGUGCAUGUUCAUACUGCCCAGCCCGCGCAGUACUGGUUAGGACGAUAUAUGGCUAUGCUUGACCGCUUGCGAACAACGAAGCUAAUCCCAGCACCACCGGCUACAAAUCACGACCGGCGCAUAAUACGAAGAGCAAAGACAAGCAUGGAGUUUGAUCGUGCCGAAAAGGACAUUAAGGCAGAAGCUCUAGGAGUCUUGAGGUCGUUGUGUCAGACUCAGGCUGCAUAUGAUAGCUUCAAGACUUUCACAGUCUCUUUACGGGCCAAGGAUCCCGACUUCAUGCCUCCAGGUAUCAAGACAAGCAGCCAGACUUUGCGAGGCCAGACCGAGCGCAGAGCUCAUGCAGCCGAACCAGGUCAACCACCUACGAAGGCAGAGCGGAGGGAUCUUACUGGUACUCUUCCUCGAACCACAUUUCGAAAGCCACCAGUAUCAAAGCCGCCACGCUACCCUACAAAAAGCUUUACGUUAGACACUUUCAGCAGUAAAGGAUCUGUUGAUAGCUUGGAUUCGGUCAGCAAGCGAGGACAGGCACGCUUUCAGACACACGAUCAACAAGAACUGGAACAGGGCAACAUUCAAGGGAGACAAGGCCGAAGCACUCGCGAGACCUUUGCAGAAUCAAGCUCCGAUCAACAGUGUCCAGCUACGCAACGUAACACGGGCCCAAGUAUCAUGAAGCUGCGCAUAUCUCCUACAUCUAGAGAUCGAAAAGUUACGGCAGUGCCAGCUAACACCUUUGCAUCUCAUGCUCAGGUCGACACCGUGACUCCAUCUAUUUCGAGCUACCCAAGCAUGUACCAGCUAGCCCCUGCUGCCGAUGGUGGAGAAGAGCGAUAUGCCCACCAAGUCGAAUCACCAGGUCAAGGUCGUCGUUUUCGAAAAUCAGAGAGUAUGAAGAAGCUCGUUGAUGUCAGUCUGAAAGAGUUGAAGAAGAUGGGCCAUCGCGUGAGCAAUACCAGUGCCUCUGAUGGCAAGCAGGACAUCUGA